AUGUCGCCCGAUAUCAACUCGCUGUCCCCGACCCGGUCCACUUCGUCUUCCCCGCGUCAACAUCGGCUGCCCCCGACUUUGUCCGACCCCUUAUCGCCCCAACAUUCUCAGCCAGGCCUCCUUUCUUCAGCUCUGGCCAGCAUGAAUAACGGUCCCUCAAACAACAACCAUCACAACGCGAUUGCCACCGAGCUACCUCAUCGGCCCUCCCAAAAUCACCGCUCAAGCAUGUCAGGGUCGGAACGUCGCCGGUCCGCUGCCGGUUCCAGUUCAAUCCUGAACAAUGGCAACAACAACAACGCUAGCGACUCGGCCCCCGGGGAACCGCCCCUGACCCCUCACGAGCACCGGUCCUCCCUAGGCCAUAAUGGGCUGCGCACCUCCAGUCCAUACAACGCCGGGGUCAACCCGACCGUUGCCACUGGGGACCCGCAUCAUCAGCGUGCGCCAUCACUGGGGGAGCUCCAUCAGGAACUAGAGCAAGAACAAGAAGCACAAGUGAACCGACUUUUGCACAUGAUCCGAAGCCAGCAAGCUCAGCUGCAACAUUUCCAACAGCAACAGCAACACUCACAGGCGGUUGUGGACGACUCCGGGCCUCCUUCGGAACGACUAACCCCAUUCCCCCCCAUUCCUCCACUCCCCACAACCAGCAGUCGGGCGUCAACCCAGCUGCCUUCAUCCUUGUCUAGCCGACGACCUUCCCGUCCGUCUAGUCAAGCCACUUCGCCCAACCUCCGACCGCUGGUUGAUCCGUCUAGCGGGCCAGAGGGAUCGGAUUGGACUGCGGGCAUUGGUGAGAGUUCGUUCCGGCGGGGAAGCAGGGAUGAGACCGCAUUCUAUCAGGCGGAGGCAGCCAUGUUGACGCGCGAAAACCAAAUGCUCCGACAACGAAUCCGCGAUUUAGAGCGCCAGGUUAGUGAGUUGGCCUCUGGUGCCCGAUCAAGCGAGAUCCCUGCGGCACCUACCGCACAAGGAACCGAAACUGUAGAUCAGCAGGCGUCCGCGGGAGUGGGAUCAGCAAAUGAGUCGUCAGACAAGACCUGA